AUGAGGAUAUCAACUUUUACCCCUGAGGAUGCAUUUUUGAAUCCGUGCAAGGACCUUAUAGUGUUUCGGCGAAGCAUUUUUAGCGCUUUACAAAAUGAAUGUACACAGCACAUUCCAAUCAAGGGUUGUGUCAACAGUGAUUCCGAAAUGAACUCCCUAAUUGAUGACAUGUAUCUAUUGAAGCUAGAUCCGUUAAAGUGGAAAGAGCAGGAUCAUUAUCGCUUAUUGGGACUAUCAGAUAGGCGUGAAGAGGCCACUGGCGCCGAAAUCAAAGCCGCAUAUCACAAGAUGGUUCUUCGCUACCACCCAGACAAACAGCAGCAACAGCAGGGAGAAAAUGCCUCCAAGUAUGAGACGAACUGCAAUAUUUUCAAAUGCAUCCAAAAGGCAUAUGAAAUCCUGACAGAUCCCCAGCAGCGCCAUGCUUUCGACUCGGUUGAUCCCAAAUUUGACGAAUCGAUUCCAGACCCGAUAUCGAAGAAGAAGUACGAGUCCGACCCAUUGGCUUUUUACAAGAUCUUUAUUCCCGUGUUCAAUGCAAAUGCAAAGUUUUCAAAGAUAAAACCGGUCCCAUUUCUGGGAAAUCCAUAUUCCGCUCGAAAGGACGUUGAGGCCUUUUACACGUUUUGGUAUAACUUUGAUUCCACAAGAAGCUUUGAAUAUUUGGAUGAAGAGGAUACUUCCCAGGCUGAUAACAGAUAUGACAAGAGAUAUUUGGAAAAGAAGAAUAAGACUGCAAGGCUGAAAAGGAAAACCGAAGACAAUGCACGCGUUAGAAACCUUGUGGACAAUGCAUUCCAAAGUGAUCCCCGUUUGAAAAUAUUCAAAGAAGAGGAUAAGCGAGAAAAAGAGGCACAAAAGAAGCUCAAGGCAUCGUCCCUUGCACCGAAAAAGGCCGCCCUUUCUUCGCCCUCAAAUACGGCAAAUGACAUAGCAAGCAGAAGGUUGGCCGAAGAGGCCGAAAAGUCCAGGUUGUUGGAAAUUAAAAAGCAAAAGGAGCUGGAAAGAUCCGUUCUUAGGCAAUCAAGAAAAGAAAUUCGCUCGAAACUCAAGGAGCAUUCAUUCUUUACACCCUCGGCCGAUUUGGAUUUGUUAGAAAAGCGCAUUGCCAUGAUCCAAUGCAAACUUGAAAGCUUCUCCUCUCUUGAAGAACUCGAUGUCUUUUCAGCAUUUAUUUCAAAGCAAAUCCAGAUAUGUCAGGAGACCGGGAAUGUUGACUCGUUUUACAAAAACUUUGAAUUGAGCACCACGCCUUCUUUGGCAGCGCAAAAACACACAAAAGAAAGCACAGAAGAAAGCCAGGGCCCCAUCAUUGUUACAGCAUCUGCUGAUGCGCCAAAUUCAAAUCGAAAAAUAGAGACCGAGUGGAGCGCUUCGGAAAUUCAAUGCCUAAUCAAAGCAUGUAAUACAAUUCCAGGAGGAACCAGACUGCGAUGGGAAAAAAUUGCUUCUUAUGUGAGGGAACAUGCCGGUGUCUCUCAUACCCGUUCGAAUGACGAAAUCAUCGAAAAAAGCAGGGAGAUCCAAAAGCUGGGCAAAUCUGCACUUGAUAAGCUCGAUGAUAACGAACUACAGCUCUCGAUAAAGAAAAAAAUCGACCCUCGAGUUGAUAUGCCCUCCGUGCCUUCGUCCAAGGACCAUGAAAGUGUUCAGCCUUGGACAAAGGCCGAGCAGCUACUCCUCGAAGAGGGUCUUAGAAAGUAUCCUGUUUCCAUCGAAAACAGAUGGGAUCUUAUUGCAGAUGCUAUUCCUAGCAAGACCAAAAAGCAGGUCAUUGAGCGAUUUAAAGAAAUUGCCAAAUCAGUCAAAGCUGCAAAGAAGCCCUCAGGAUGA